AUGGGCCGCGACCAGAGAGUUGGCGUCAUUUCUCCGCACCUCUGUCGCGUGUUAGACAAUUCGCGUCCGGAGCAGUCUUCCAGUUUCUCCGACGCAGUUGCUUUGUCCGCAACAGCACCAGAUCCGGUAAAUGACUCCAGAUGCCUCUUGCCGUGCCAGUGGGUCUUUUGGUCUCAUCACCUGACGCCUUAUGGCGGCCUCCAGUCUGUGUGCAACUCCAGCCCCGAGUGGUGCGAGAAGGCGACUAAUGGCCUCGGAGACGUUCUUGCUGUACGGGAUUGCUCGCCAGAAUUUGGGGUCGGCACGAUUUUGUCGCUCGUCUCGUUUGCGCAUGCAUCGGUGAAGGAAGGGAACACCAAUGGGCUCGUCGAUUUCGUGAUUCAUCGCCGAGGCGGUCCUACAGCGGUUGGAGUCGCUGAUCUUCCAACACCACAGACCGAAAUUCUGGGCUCGGUAUGUGGACGAUACCGUCGUCAUCGUACCGUGCCUCAGCUCCACGACGGAGAAUGGUGCGCGUCACGGUCAGCGGCACAAUACCUAAGGCACUCGCAGUGACCAGUGGAGUGAGGCAGGGCUGCGUACUUGCGUCCACCCUCUUUAGCCUCAUGUUCUAUGUCGUGCUGAUGGACGCCUACCGUGAUGAGCGACCGGGGAUCCGCAUCGACUACAGGACCGACGGGUACCUUCCCAAUAGCCGGCGCAUUCAAGCCCGGACGCGCUUCUCCGCAUCUACUAUCUACGAUCUGCUCUUGGCUGACGACUGCGCGCUCAACCGCAGGACGGAAGGAGACAUGUAACGGGGCAUAGACCUCUUCGCCUCCGACCGAGCUCACUUUGGAUUGGCCAUCGAUACGAACAAGACGGGGAUCAUGCGUCAACAAUCCUCGAACGCUAAAUACAGUGUCCUUCUCAUCCGUCUUGACGACACCGAAAUGAGGCCCGUGGAUAGCCUCAACUACCUAGGCAACACAGCGUCAGGCUGCAUCAGAAUGGACGAUGAAGUGGUUCACUGGAUCUCCAAAGCUUGCCAAGCCUUCGGCCGGCUACAGAACUCCGUUCGAAGUCGCCACGGUCUACAUCUGAAUACAGGCUGAAGGCCAACAAGGCCGUCCUUCUGACAAAAAUUGGUUUGGGAGCGGAGACCUGGAUAGUCUACUGCAGCCAUGCCAUGAAGCUCAAGAACUUCCAUCUCAGUUGCUUUCACAUAAGACUGAGAUGGCACGACAGGAUCCUCGACACGAAAGUCCUAGAACGGACCGGAAUCCUCAGCAUCCACGGCAUGCUGAGGUAACUGUAACUAUGUUGGAACGGCCGCCUCGUGAGGAUUGGAGAUACAGGUCAACCGAAACAACUCUUCUAUGGCGAUGUCGCGACCGGUGCUCGCCGAUCGGGGGGCCCAAAACGACGCUAAUAGGACAAAUUGAAAAAUCCUCUUAAGCUAGUGUAUGCACAUCUAGAGAACUGAAAGGACCUAGCCCAGGACAGACCGGUCUGGAGAAGAGAAGCAAAAACUAAUAUAGCCAUGUACGGAGCAAAUCGGAUUGCCCCGCCGAAGCCAAAUGGGAGGUUCGCAAAUCACAAGUGCCUCGCCUCCUCAAUACCAACCACCCGCCUCUUCCAACAUGCCAGCGCUGCCAACGCUCAUUCCGCUCAUCUCGUUGGACACCUUAGGACCCGCAACAUCAACCCGACAACGUCUACCUACUCUCCUACUCUCAUCCCUGCCGCAAGUCCCGCGCCGAACGCCACUCCUGUCACCGCCGAUCACUAUGUCUUUACCCCGCCGCCACCAUCCGCCCUGCCCCAACCCCUACAUCGAACGCAGCGGCCAUUAUUGCCACAGUCACGACUUUAUGCACUUCUCCCACCGAUGAGACGACGUCUGAUGUCCCGUCACAUUCUACCAUCACCCCCAACGCUCCCACUUCCAGCAAUGUGAACUCGGUUCAUACCUGUCCCCAUUGCGAUCGCACAUUCAUUUCACAUAUCGGUCUGGUCGGUCAACUGCGAACCCAUCGCGUAGAGGGUGGAGAACCAGUGCCUGGAGCACCAAUCUACACUCUCCUCGCCCGCCUAAACUGCCCUCACUGUCCCUGA